AUAAUAAUAUUAUUUGGAGAAGGCGGUGUGGUGCUCUCGCUCAGCCAGUUUAAUUCGGGAGGGAAUCGACCCGACGCGUGUAAGACACGAGUGUGCGGUCGCGUAAGUUCCAGAAACCAUCCCCUCUCUCUAUACAAACGUUUUGACACGCGCCAGACCCUUCCAGAAAGCACAGAAGGCGUGAUUCUCUCUCUCUCUGUCUCUGCGGUUUUGCCUGCCUGCCUGCCUGCAACUCUCUCUCUCUCAGGUUUUUGGGCGAAGAAAAAAUCAAUCGAAGAGAUGGCGCUGAAUUCCCCACUAUUGCCAAACGGCAUGCCCGUCCCCUUCGAGAACGAGAUGUUCAUCUUGUCUCGUGAUGGCGUCGAAUUCGAAAUUGAUAAAAUCCCAACAGCUCCUGGAGGUAAAAUUAAAGCCAAGGGUACCAUUUACCUGUCAAAUGUGCGCAUGUUGUUUGUUGCAAAGAAACCUGUUGGGGACUUUAGGGCAUUUGAUAUGCCUCUGCUUUAUGUGCAUGAUGAAAAAUUCAAUCAGCCUAUAUUCUUCUGCAAUAACAUAUCAGGUCUUGUUGAGCCUGUAGUACCUGAAGAUCAACACAGGGCUCUCUAUUCACCUCAUUCUUUCAAGAUUUUAUUCAAGGAAGGUGGUUGUGGAACGUUUGUUCCACUCUUUUUCAAUCUGAUAGCAUCCGUGAAACAGUAUAAUCAACAUGUCACUAAUACUUCUUCGAACGAUCAUACGCCUCGCGUGGAUCCUUUACAAGCAAACCAACCUCCAGUAGAUGAAAUGAUGAGACAUGCAUAUGUGGAUCCAAGUGACCCUACAAGAAUCUACUUGCAGCAGCCCAAUUUAGAUUCUCAACUUAGAAGACGCACUUACCAUUCGCAGCCUGCAGAGAACUCUAUAUGAUGAUGAAUCCUUCCUACAGAAUGGAUCAUUUAGCUCCAUUCUCAGCCUGCAGAGAACCCUAUAUGGCAAUGAAUCCUUACUAUGGAAUGGGUCUGUUAGCUUUAAAACAUUUCAUUGCCCAAGGACUGAUGAUGAUGUUUUCUGAAUUUCUUUCUUAUACUGCUUUUCAUGUAUAUGACAAAACAUCCUGCUUUUUCACUUGCCAUGGUCAUGAAGACCGGUCACAUUAUAAUAAACCUUCGAUCUCUUUCUUUCUACAUAAACAUACGUCUUGUAAUC